CUGAGCCGGCUGCAGUUUUCAAACCUCAACUGUAAGCUCGGGUCCGGGUCGGUGCGGCGGUCGCCCGGAGUCACCUCACUUGGGGACCAGGUCGUCCGCGUCGGCUUCCGUUGCACCUCGCCACCCUGCCGCCCUCCCGUUGCCUCGCCCGGCCAAGGCUGGAGGAAGCGUCCUGUCCCGGCUUGUGGCGUGGGGCGGGACGGGAGCCCCCUCCGCGGGGGCAGCCUCGGGACCACCUGCUGCUGCCGGAGAGAUAGGUGAAAAUAAGUGAGAAAGAGCAUAUCUGGAAAUCAUCUAACAUGUCACGGAGAAGGUUUGAUUCCCGAAGUAUUUCAGGCAUGCUAACGACAACUCCUCAAACUCCAAUGAAAAUGGAAAACUUUAAUAACUUCUAUACACUUACAUCCAAAGAACUAGGAAGAGGAAAAUUUGCUGUGGUUAGACAGUGUAUAUCGAAAUCUACUGGCCAAGAAUACGCGGCAAAGUUUUUAAAAAAGAGAAGAAGAGGACAGGACUGUCGGGCGGAGAUCCUGCAUGAGAUCGCCGUGCUGGAGCUGGCAAAGUCCUGUCCCCGCGUGAUAAAUCUUCAUGAGGUCUACGAAAAUGCAAAUGAAAUCAUUUUGAUAUUGGAAUAUGCUGCAGGUGGAGAAAUUUUCAACCUUUGCUUACCUGAGCUGGCUGAAAUGAUUUCUGAAAAUGAUGUUAUCAGACUCAUCAAACAAAUACUUGAAGGAGUUUACUAUCUUCAUCAGAAUGACAUUGUGCAUCUUGAUUUAAAGCCACAGAAUAUAUUAUUAAGCAGCAUAUACCCUCUUGGUGACAUAAAAAUUGUCGAUUUUGGAAUGUCUCGAAAAAUAGGGAAUGCCUGUGAACUUCGGGAAAUCAUGGGAACACCAGAAUACUUGGCUCCAGAAAUUCUGAAUUAUGAUCCAAUUACCACAGCAACUGAUAUGUGGAAUAUUGGUAUAAUAGCAUAUAUGUUGUUAACUCACACAUCACCAUUUGUGGGAGAAGAUAAUCAAGAAACAUACCUCAAUAUUUCUCAAGUUAAUGUAGAUUAUUCAGAAGAAACUUUUUCAUCAGUUUCACAGCUGGCCACAGACUUUAUCCAAAGUCUUUUAGUAAAAAAUCCAGAGAAAAGACCUACAGCAGAGAACUGCCUUUCCCAUUCUUGGCUGCAGCAGUGGGACUUUGGAAGCCUGUUCCACCCUGAGGGAACGUCGAGUUCCUUCCCCGCUCAGGACCUCACCUUAAGGGCCUCUGAAGACAAGACGUCAAAGUCCUCCUGCAACGGGACCUGUGGUGACCGAGAAGACAAAGAGAAUAUUCCAGAGGAGAGCAGCAUGGUAUCCAAAAGAUUUCGCUUUGAUGAUUCACUACCCAAUCCCCACGAACUGGUUUCAGAUCUGCUGUGUUAGCACUUUCCUCUGGCUCACUUGGACUGAAUUUGACAUUUCAAUCCUCUCCAGUGUGAGGUUGUGGUUUGUAGCCUCCUACAUGUCUUGUUUAUAUUGUAAAUGCAUUUUUAAUAGAAGAAUGUAGGGAAGCAUUUUAAUGUCAAAUUUCUGAUUGUUAGCAUAAUAUCCUUUCUCAUCCUCUAGGAAAGAGAAAAUACGUAAAUAUAUGACAAAAGGUGAAAUUGCCUAUGUCCAAUUACCUAAUGAAAGAAUUCAUGCUGGAAUGAUCUUAUCAAAAUUAUUGACACAUCAGAAAAAUGGUUUGGGAUAUUGUGCUUGAUAAAAUGAACAAAAUGAAAAUGUUGAAAUUUAA